AUGGCGACGACGUUCGAUACCCUGCUGGCUUGUCUCUUUCCUCUGGCUCUGUGUUUCGUCGCAUAUCGUCUCAGGGACAAUAUCUUCUCUUGGUCUGACUUUCGUGCCCUCGUUUUCCCGGGAAACACGUCCAACGAAGCUUGGUGGCAUCUCGAAAGAGCGUAUGCUGCAUAUUCACAAUAUGAACGCCUUUCGAAAAAUGAAAUCUCUCGGAUGAGAGGCGCAUAUGCGAAACUGGGAAGAUCUCACAAGACCAUGGGGCACAAAAUUGGGUAUCCCAAGAAGCUCGACCGUCUCUGGGACGCGACAAGUCUGAACGGAACCAUUGCUGCGGACAUAGCAGAACUUGCUCUCGAAGAACAUCCGUCUCUCAAUAAUUCUCCGCCCGUGAACCCGACCGUUGCAGACCUAGGCAGAGUACGCGAAUCGUUGAAGCACUUUAUCCGAGAUUGGAGUGCAGAGGGGGCCAGCGAGAGGGAAACUAUCUUUUCCCCCAUUCUCAACCUUCUCGCCACGGUCGAACCAGAACAGCGCGCUUCUCAAAAGGUUCUUGUCCCAGGGUCUGGUCUGUGUCGACUUGCAUGGGAGAUUUCUCAGCUAGGCUUCGAUACCACAGCUAACGAAAUUUCAUACUUCAUGAUUCUCGCUUUCAAAUACAUUCAAUCUACGAAACAGAUUAACGAACACAAACUACGUCCGUAUGCCCAUUGGUGGUCACAUCAGCGCAACAAUGAAAACCUCUUCCGGGCUGUAUCCUUCCCUGACGCCCUCCCUCGGCUAGGCCCUAAUUUCCAACUCGUUCCCGGAGACUUCCUCAGCAUCCGCCCUCUAACGCCUUCUAAACCCUCCUCCGAGUUCUGGAAAGAAGGAUCCUCCAAACCCUCGAAUGAAGGGGGAUACCAUUACAUCGUCACCCUUUUCUUCAUCGACACCUCUUCCAACGUCUUCGCUACCAUGGAGCACAUAUACCGCCUCCUCCGCCCCGGAGGUUCUUGGAUAAACCUGGGUCCUCUCCUAUGGUCAGGAGCUAAACUCGAGCUGAGUUUGGAAGAACUCUGGGAAGCGGCAGAGGAGGUUGGGUUCGUCAUCCAGCGCGACCACAAGGAGGAAGGCCACCCUGAAGCUCCGAGAACGAUCGAAUGCGAGUAUACAGCGGAUAGGAACGCGAUGAUGAAAUUCACUUACAAGGCGGAAUUUUUUGUUGCUCGGAAAUCUAAAUGA